AUGGGUUACCACCCAGGAUUGUCAUGCUGUUCAUGGCGAGCACUUCAGUCGGUUUGGCCCACGGGCUUCUGUUAUGCACAGCUGAAGAACCUGCCAGGUACCGCGCCACAGUCCUUUUGGACGGGGAACAUGGUCCCUUUUUAUCAGCGAGAAGGAUGGGACUUUCAGAUGGAGGUGGCGCAAAACUACGGACCUGUGGUAAAUAUUCACGGUUUUCUCUGGGAGCCAACUUUAUACGUGUAUGAUCCCAAAGCUCUGCACAGCAUCAUAAUCAAGGAUCAGUCCAACUAUGAAGAGUCGAGUUUAUUUCUGCAAAGCAAUCUCUUGACAUUCGGCCCUGCGUUGAUCUCCACACUGGGUAAUCCUCAUCGCAAGCAGCGCAGAUUGCUGGGGGUCAGCUUCUCCACACACCAUCUGCGAGAGAUGCUCCCGAUCUUCUAUGAAGUGGCAAGUAGGCUGUGCAGUGGAAUUGCGUCGCGCGUGGAUGAUGGUCCGAAGGACAUCGACAUGCUUGGAUGGAUGGUGCGCACUUCGCUGGAAACGAUCGGAUGGAUGGUGCGCACUUCGCUGGAAACGAUCGGACAGGGAGGAUUUGGGUAUUCGUUUGAUUCCCUGACUGAAGACCAAGCAGGAGAGUUUGGGAAUGCUUUGAGGCAUUUCGUGCCAACAAUGUUCUCCUUGGGCAUAAUACGAUUCGCUAUACCGUUCGUCGUGACACGGGGCUCUGCGUCGUUCCGCAGAUGGGUAUUAGACAUGAUCCCAAGCAAACGUGUCCAGAAUGUCAAGCAAGCGGUGGAUGUUAUACACAAGAAGUCAGUUGAAGUCUUACGGUCGAAGACGUCCGCUUUGCAAAGUGGAGACGAUGCUCUGUUACAGCGGGUAGGGGAAGGAAAGGACCUCAUGAGUAUCUUACUCAGGGCAAAUAUGAUUGCAACAGCCGAACAUGACAGGCUCUCCGAGGACGAGCUACUAGCUCAGGUGUCAUCCCUCAGCUUCGCGGCGACAGACACAACUUCGAAUACGCUCGCUCGAAUACUACACCUCCUCGCACAACAUCCCGAUGUACAGCAAAGAUUACGUGAAGAAAUUUUGGAGUCCCGUAAUGGUGGUGUUGUCCUCUCCUAUGACGAGCUCAUGAAACUCCCUUACUUGGAUGCUGUCUGCCGUGAGACGCUGCGGGUGCACCCUCCAGCCACUUUCUGGCUCGCGAGUGCGCUGAAGGACACGAUUCUUCCUUUAUCCCAACCUAUCCGCGGUACCGAUGGCAAAAUGAUGGGCAAACUCUUGGUGCCGAAGAACACCAAGAUAUAUAUUGGCGUGGCUGGAUGCAAUAUGAACAAGGCACUCUGGGGCGAAGAUGCGCUUGAGUGGAAGCCCGAACGCUGGCUCUCCCCACUUCCCAGCGCGGUUAGCGACGCUCACAUGCCUGGCGUGUACUCUAAUAUUAUGUCAUUCUUGGGCGGCGGAAGGGGAUGCAUCGGAUUCAAGUUCUCCGUGCUGGAGAUGAAGGUCAUCCUGUCAACAUUACUGUCGCAUUUCAGGUUUGCACUAAACGGGCAGCCCAUCGUGUGGAACAUGUCAGCAGUCAGAUAUCCUGCUGUAAGCAUCGAGAGCCCCAAAGCAGAGAUGCCAUUGAAGGUGAUGAAGUACACUUAG